GUGAAAGGCCAUCAUAUUCUUAAUAUUGCAUAUGCUAGUGUACAAACCACGGCGUGGUGCAAUGAUGCAGACAUAGUUCACGAGACUUCGUUGGUCGUCGUGAACCCUGAGCUGUUGACGUUGGAUGCAAUCACGAAGUCGGCGAAGCGGCAGGGUGAGGAUCAUCUUGGUUAUGUCUUCGCCGGAGGGAUCAGAGUCCGUAAGGUACUCGUCGAUCCUCAGCCCGGAGGGCGCGUAUAUGUCGUCCUCGGCUUCCCCGGUUGUUCUUCAACCGCUGUCAAUCCUCAUGCCAUUCCUUCCCCUUGCUCGACACGACGUUCGCAUACCCCUCCAUCCGUCGCGUCCCCACCCUUAUCAAAACGCCAUCGGAGACGAAGUCCGACUCCCACGUACUCCUUUGCGACAUCGAGCGCAUCAUCGAACCCCCGAAGGAACGAGUUCCGGCAACCUUCAUCGAAUACGCCCCACCCGUACGCGGAUAUCUCUUCGGUAUCGUGCAUGAUAGCAACGGCGGCAUCUAUGGCAUCGGUCUCCUCGACCGCAUCACCACAUCAUCCCCGUUCGACUCUGGCCACGGGAUACAGCCCCAUUCCAGAGCUGAUCGCCGCUUUUGGUCGUUCUCGUAUUCCGAGAUACCAGCUCGUCAAGAAGCGCCAGCUGGAGGUGAAGAAGAACACGUCGGAAGUCGGAGGUUGGCAGUACUCGUGUAGGAUGGAAGUCGUCGUGGAGGCGUGCAAGGAAGAGUCGAUUUGGGAGAGCGGUGUCCGAGGCGGGGCGUGAUCGUCGU